GUUCUCCCAGCUCUCCUCAUGCAACAGUGUCAAUGCGGCUGGCACGGUCGUGAGCCCCUUGGUCACUGGCAACUUCCAGGUCACCAACCCGGACUUCGACUCCGGCUGCGUGUGCAGGUCAACCGGCCGCAAGCCGGUGUUCCUGCUGAGCGCUGUCGAUGUCAUCGCGGGCCAGCAGUGCCUCCCGUGA